AUGGAAGAAAAUGUAGAAAACCAGGAAAAGCCAGCUAAUACUGAACAGGUCGAAGAGAGACACAACAGUGUAGACCAAUCGACAGUUUCAGCAAAUUCUGCUGAUUCAGCGAAGGCUGAGAACUCAGAAAAUGCUGUAAACCCAGAGAAACCUUUGAUUUCCGAUACAGCUGUUGAGGAAGUUGUGAUCAAGUGUGAUGUCAUUGAAAUAUCAGAUGAAGAAGAGGAAGUACCACAAAAGAAAAAAGGCAGAAAGAAGCCAUCCAACAAGGUCCACCCUUGCGAUGUAUGCGAGAAAGUGUUCCAGACCGGCUAUGAGUUGAAGAAGCACCGUAGAACCCACACAGGGGAGAGGCCGUACAUGUGCACUACUUGUGGAAAGACUUAUACGCAGUUGGGGCAUCUUAGUAUACACCAGCUGUCACAUAAAGGCAUUAAGAACUUCAACUGCGGUGAGUGCGGUUCCUCCUUCUACCGUAAGGCGGAUCUGGAUAGACAUGAGAAGGCUCACCGGGGAAUCAAACCUCACACCUGCGAGAUUUGCUCGAAAAGCUUCACGCAGAAAAACAAUCUGGUCAUGCAUAUCAAGAUGCACGUGGGAGAUAGGAGAUACGAAUGCGAGGUCUGCAAGAAACGCUUCAUGACCCGAAGCAAGCUCUCCCUGCACUCCCGAAGACACGAUAAAAUCAAAAAGUGCCCACCCGAACAUAUGGUCGUGGGCCUUAUGCCUGACGUAUAUAACAGUGAUUGA